GGCUGCGGUGGUGUCACGUGCAGAGGGGGAAAGGAAGCUUAAGCUCUUGCGGACGGCGUCUUUAUCGGGUCAAAAAGCUUUUAAUGUUGGAAACGGUUGUGUUGAGUGGACUCGUUUAAGAAAUAGCGUGCUUGCUUGGCUUCGGGAAAAGACUGAAAGCGGGGAAUCAGGCCACCACCCACGCCCCGAGUGGAUCAGAGUCCUGGAGCUGUUGCAGAUCUCUCCCCUCCUCUUCUGAGGAUCCAGUGCAGAAGAUAAGUGUUUUCUCCAUUAUCAUUCCUGGAUUAGAGGCUCCUCAAUGCCGCUGCCAGUAGCGCUGCAGUCUCGUUUGGCCAGAAGAGGCCUGCUGAAACAUGUGGAGCCUGAGCCAGAGGAAGAAAUCAUUGCAGAGGAUUAUGACGAUGACCACGUUGAUUAUGAAGCCACUAGGAUGGAGAACCUUCCCCCAAGCUGGUACAAAGUCGUCGAUCCUGUCUGCGGACUCCCUUACUACUGGAACCUAGAGAGUGAUCUGGUUUCAUGGCUUUCACCCAAUGAUCCCAACUCUGUGGUGACCAAAGCAGCCAAGAAACUGAAGAACAGUUUGGAUGUUGAGGAAAAAACAGAGCGUUUGCAUGAAAAGGUGGAGCGGGAAGAGGUGAAGGAGCGCCGGUACCACCGACGAGAGGAGCUGGCCCCUUAUCCCAAGAGCAAGAAAUCCAGCCGGAAGGAUGAAGAACUCGACCCCAUGGACCCUAGUGCUUACUCUGAUGCUCCUCGGGGAACCUGGUCCACGGGGCUGCCCAAGCGAAAUGAAGCCAAGACUGGGGCAGACACCACUGCGGCUGGGCCCCUCUUCCAGCAGCGUCCCUAUCCAAGCCCUGGCGCUGUCUUGCGGGCGAAUGCUGAAGCUUCCCGAGCCAAGCAGCAGGACUGAGACACCCAUUCCCUCACCUUCCCUAAUAUAUUUGAUAAUAAAGUUACAGAAAAAACA